CUGGAAGACGUGGAAGUGCAAGUCCCGGACCUCUCUGCCUUGGGGUCGGAGGAGCUGAGCAAGUACAGGAGCGCCUUCUUCGCCAUCUUCGACGGGCAUGCAGGGAGAAACGCUGCUGAGUUCUGUGCGGAGAACUUGCCGAGGCUGAUCGCGGAGAAGAUCGAGAAGCCGACAGAGAACGAGCACGUGAGGAAGGCGAUCAUGCAGGGCUUCAAGGAUGCCGACGCCAAGUUCCUCGCGAUGGCGGAGGAGCGCGGCUUCAAGGAUGGCUGUACCGCAGUCACGGUGACGCUCCUACGCGACGUGAUGUUUGUAGGAUGGGUAGGAGACUCCAAGGCUGUGCUGGCGAGGAGGGAGAGAGAGGAGGAGAGUUCGCGGCUCAAGGCCCUCAGCCUCACGCGGGAUCACACGGCGAUGCAGGCGAAGGAGCGGGAGAGGAUCGUCAAGGCCGGAGGCUUCGUGGAGAACAACCGGGUGAACGGGAUCAUGGAGGUCAGCAGGUCCAUCGGCGACCCGCAGCUCAAGAAGGCUGGUGUUUCCUCCUCCCCUGAGAUCGAACGAGUCACCCUCUGUGACCGCGACGAGUUCCUCCUGCUCGCUUGCGACGGCCUCUGGCGCGUCAUGGAUGCCAAGGAAGCUAUCGAAAGGUCUGGAUACUCCCUCCUCCCUCCUCCCUCCUCCCUCCUCCCUCCCCCAUUGUUCCGGCCGGUGGCACCAGCAACUCCGCGAGUACACUGA